CAAGGCCGUCUCGUCUCAUUAGCCUACUGCUACUCCCCACUGCCGUAUUCCGCUCUGCAUUUCCUUAACCAAAAAGCAAGAACCAAAUCCCACUUGAGAAAGAGAAAGAGAAAGAUAGUACUAGUACUUCAAAAAGAAGAAGAAGAAAUAUGGCUGUUUUGACAAGGGUUAUGAAGACUAUUGCUGGGCUUUUCUUGGUUGGUCUUGUGCUGGUCUCAAAUGCGGUGGUGGAGUCUGCCGGAUCCGGCCAUACUGCUCCGGCCCCGGCAGUGGACUGUUCGAGCUUGGUCCUUAACAUGGCUGACUGCUUAUCUUUUGUGACCAGCGGCAGUACGGUGAAGAAGCCGGAAGGAACUUGCUGCUCUGGCCUCAAAACUGUCUUGAAAACUGAUGCAGAGUGCCUUUGUGAAGCCUUCAAGAACAGCGCCCAACUGGGAGUUACCCUUAAUGUCACUAAGGCCCUCACUCUCCCAUCUGCUUGCCAUGUCUCUGCUCCCUCCGUCAGCAACUGCGGAUUGAGCAUUGGCUCUGGAGCUGCACCUGCUCUCCCUCCAACCGCGAUGGCCCCGAGCUCCGAAGGCCCAGGAGCUCCUACUGCAAUCGGAGGAUCGAAUGAGGUUGCUCCAGCACCAGCUCCGGGAAGCUCAGGCUCUUCAAAACUUGCUGUCUCGGUUGCGUCGUCCCUGUUGUUGGCACUUGCUGCUGCAUCGCUCUCCUUGUUUUGACUGAGUGCAUUUUAGGCCUCUCUUUUUUGUGCUGAGAUGAGAGGGAAGAGUAAAUGGGAGAUUUGACAGGACAUUUAUUGUGUUUGGUUUUAAAUAUUUGCUAGUUUGGGUUGGGUACUCUAGUUAAUACGGGCAGGACGUCUUACUUAAUUGAGACUUGUUGAGCGGAUAGGGUUUUUAUUGUGUAUUAUCUGGCUCUAUUAAACCCCACGGAUUUACGUUCAA